UUUUAAUUACGUACAUUUUGAUAGAUUUACUUCUAUAAAAGAUUAAUUUCUUAGCUAUUACCACUUUAAUGGUUGUAUUUUUAUUUUUUUAAAUAAAAGAAAUUUUAAAUUCAGUUCAUGUUUGACCUUGGAAACAGCAGAUGACAAAACAGUCUCACCACAAGCUCCCUUAGUGGUUGAUCUGAACCAACAACUAUGUCACAUGAUCUUCCUCAGCUGAUAGAAAUCUGUCAUUGAAUUGUAAAUGUUCAAAUUUGCAUUUUUUUCCCCCUCCAUCUUGGCUUAAGAAGUAAUAUUUAAGGUUCAUUCUUCAAGUGAUCAAAAGCUAAAUGGACUUUGAUGCAGUGUCAAGAAUGAACUUUAAAUCUUGACAUUUACUGUUGUUAUAUUUUUAAAAAAUGAUUAAUAGUUUUAAAUCUGUCUCGAGGUGAUUAAAAUAAUUUAAAAUAUUUAAUAAAAUAUAAUUAAUUUAAACAAUCAGCUGAGCUCCAUUAACCCUAUUUGGAAUUUUUAAAAAGAAAUGUACAGUAGAAUAGAGUAGAAGGACCUCUGUUGUUAUUUGGGCAACAGCUUCUCCAAACAGCGACCUCUACCGGGCAAUGCGAGUUAUUGUUCAGGAUCGUCCAAUCAGCGCCUUGAUUUCGGGUCAUGUGACCCGGCAGCCGAGUAAAGACGGACCAAACGGCAACAACAAACAUGGAGGCGUCUCCGUUCAGCUUCACACCGGAGAGAUACUGGACGGAGGAGAAAGAGAGGGCGCUCAUAGCGUUUUUCUCCAAGCACAGCUGUCUGUGGAACCACAAGUCAGAGAGCUACAAGAACCGACAGCUGCGAUGGAAAACCCUGGAGCGCCUGAGGAUCCUCCUCUCAGCUCACCCCCCACCUGUACCUUUCACAGUGGAAGACAUUAAGAAUAAGUUCAAGAACCUUCGUACCACCUUCCAGCGUCAGUACAAAAUGGUGAAGGCGAGCAAGGUGUGCAGGUCGGAGGACGUGUUCGUGCCGCAGUGGAAGCACUAUCAGCAGCUGAUGUUCCUGCAGGGCUGCUGGGACCGGGACCAGGACGACGGUGUCGACAACCAGCCGCUGUCGCCGCUAACUCUCCUGCAGGAGGAAAACCAGUCUGUCCUCACAUCCCAAGGACUGAUCAUCUCCUUCCUCCCCAGCCCGUCCACCUCCUUCCCCUCCACCUCGACCUCCAGCGUCUCCUCCAACAUGAUGGUUAAAUGUUACUGGACCGAAGAGAGGGAGCGCGCCCUGAUAGCCUUCUACUCUGAGCACAGCUGUCUGUGGAACAAGAAGUCUGAAAACCACAACAACCGUCAGCUCAGACUGAGGCUGCUCGAGGCUCUGAGAGCCCAGCUGUCCGACCACUCAGUGUUGUUCUCGGUUGAAGACAUAAAGUGCAAGUUCAAGAACCUUCGGACAGUUUUUAACCGUGAGUAUAAGUCGGUCCAGACCAGCAGGGCGUCCGACAAACCCUACAUGUCCAAGUGGAAACACUACCAGCAGCUGCUCUUCCUCUGCGAGUCCUGCGACGAAGACGACAGCACAGAUGACCUGCAGAUCCUGAUGCCGCAGGAAGACAAGGACCUGGACCACGGGAACCAAACGCCCUCCUCCACCCUGAGCAGCUUCUCCUCCGCCUCCACCCAAACCAACAGUGUCAAGGUCAACAACAACUCUGCCGCUCCCUCCUCCGGCUCCAACGCCAAGACCAACACCAGUGCUGCAGCGUACCAGAUGUUCCUCUCUGCACCUUCGGACAAUCUCAAACUAGAAAACCAAACCGCUCCUUCCACAACCUCCCCGUCUACAUCACCACUGGACACCAAACCUCGUACGAACCCCUCUCCUCUGAAUUUCUCUGUUUCCGGUCCAGUUCAGUCAGACAACAGACUGAGCUCAGACUCCCGCUGCCACUGGAGCGAAGCCAAAGUUCAGCAGCUCAUAUCAUUUUACUCUGAGCACAGUUGUCUGUGGAACCACAGGUCAGAGAGCUACAGGAACCGUCUGCUGAGACAGAGCCUGUUUGGAGACGCUGAGCAGCCUCCUGUCCGACAACGAGCCGGUCCCAUUCACAGUGGAAGACAUUAAGACAAAGUUUAGGAACUUGCGAACCAUCUUCCAACGUGAGCACAAGGCGGUGAGCUCAAACAAAACCUGUGGGUCCGAGGACUUUUACCUCCCAAAGUGGAAACACUACCGCGAGCUGAUGUUCCUCUGCGACUCCUGCGAUGAGGAUGAGCGACCUGAGGACCUCCACUUCCACGAACCGCAGGACUCCGGCCUCCUCCACCUGGAUGGCCAAGCCCAACCCUCCUCCUUACACUACCACACCGCCAAUCAAACCGCCACUAAACUGGGCAUCACGCCGCAGAGCCCCGAAGCCCCGCCCUCGCCAACUCCCCCAGACUCUCAGCGCUCCUCCCCUUCCUCCUCCCCGUCUCCCUCCACGUCCUCCUCACGCACCGACAGCCGAGUGUCGGGACGGAAACGAAUGAGCCGCCGGGCGCCGGCACUGCUGGGCCCCACCACCAGCGAGAUGCUGGACUUCAUGAGGACGUUCUGUCAAAGUCAAACGGUGUCGCCGCACGCCGGAUUCCUGAAGUACGUGGAGGAGUGUCUGAACGAGACGCCACCGGACAAAGUGAAGAAACUGAAGAAAAGGAUAAUUGAGACAAUUCACAGUGUGUCAGAAGAAGUUUAAUGUUUCGCUGUCAGUGAUUUUCUUCUUCUUGGGUCGUAUUCUUGUAGCUUUGGCCAUUGUUUCCAAGAUGAUUGAUUUUAAUGUUCAAAUUCCAUGAAGAUACCAACAAUAUCCAACUCUAAAUAAUCUCCAACUUCCUUAUCCUGUCUGUAGGUGCUUUUCCAUCCACCUGUUUUAUGUACAUUUACAAUUUACAACGGAAAUUUUAAAACUCUUAAUAGUUUGUGGAAAAGCUGGUGCAGAAACAGACUUAGUGAAUAGACAGAAACAUGAGAUCUGUAACCUGCCACUAUUUAGCACAUGAAGCAAAUAGAAAUGUUGCAUUUCCACUAUUGUUUUCCAUCAUUUGAGGUUUGACUGGAGCGUCUGCUUGUGGUGCCCUCCUCUCCUGGGGAUUUGCUGCCACCAGCUGUUUAUCUCAAAGAACCAACUAAUAUUAGCAUAACAGUAAUGGAUGGAAAAGCAUAUUAACUGAACUUUGCAGUUGAAACCUGGCUCAUGGCUCUCAGGUGGCUUCCAGGUUUGGUACUUUACAGCCUCUUGAUGUUCUUUGGCGACCUGCAUAGUACAGCUCAAAGCCUAAAUUAUAGGAAUGAUGACCAAGUGACCGAGUCACUAAAAUAUACUACCCACCAGAAAACAAAAUCACUGCAAGAAAAACUUUCUGUUCUCAGACUUGUCUCAUCUGGCUCAAGUCUAUGUCGUCAAAUUUGUCUUAAAUCUAAACUGCACUUUUUCAGCUUAAUGUAGGUUUUAAGUUUUAAAUGCAAGUUAGCUGUUCAGUAACAUGUUUACUAAUGCGUGUUAACAUGGCUUCACUAAUAAUAACUUGGUUAACAGCAGCACUUUGCGUUAUUUCACUAAUUUAACAUCUAGAUUUCAUCAAGAAAUCUUAAUGCUAACGAUAACAUGCUAACAUACGAAAGGUUAGCAUGUUAAUAAUUAGAUUUAGAGGCUGUUCGUUGUGUGUCAUUCUGACAUUAUUUUUGGUAAAACCACAACAGGAAGAAAAUCUUUCUAAAGCACUACAGUACUUUAAAAUUAGUUUGUGAAUAACUUGUUGCCAAAAUUUAUUCCAGACAGCCUUCACAAAAAAAGAAGAAAAAAACCUAGCAUGAAACCAGGAGAGGUGGUUUCAGAAAAACUUUGGCUUCAUUCCUUGUGCACUUUUUUUUUUUUAAGCUAAUGUUCAGAUUUGACCAAGAAAUUUGUGUUGUUGCUUUAUGUUGUUUGAGAGAAAUGUUUCUGUUCAGAGGGGUUAAACCCUGAUGUUUUUAAAGUUAACUUCUGGGGAAUGAUCCUCAGUGGCCAAAAAAAAUCAGCCUUCACCUUAAACACCUCAUCCCCCAGUUUUCUGGUGAAUUUGAGACGAUGCUUAAAGAUCAAUGUUUUUUUAGAAACUUGAAGAGUUCAGCCAUUUUAAAAACUCACUUUUGUCACUUUUUGUUUUCUGAAGUGCUAAAAUUCAGAAAGAACAUUCGAACAAACUUUUUAUACCUCUUUAUUUAUUUUAGUUUUAGCACAUAGUUAUUAUUACCAAAUGUCAGUUAUUAACUAGAACUGACAGAAAAUGUAAAAAAUGUAAUCAAAUUUGAUUUUUAUGUGCUUUAUUAUUUGCCAUAUUAUGAUGUUAAUGGACACUUCUACCAUUUAAGUACUGUAUCUUUUAAAUAUUGUAUUAUCAGUCUGAAAAUGUUAUAUUUACCCUUUUUUAUAAUCAACUUGUUGAGCUUUUAAUCCAGUUUCAGGCCCAUUAUCAGCUGCUUCUUGGCUGUAAAAAUAUUUAACAUUUAUAGACCUGUAAGAUGUCUUUUUUUAAUUUGUCUUUUUAUACUCUAUGCAUGUAAGAAGUUUCUUUUUGUUCAGUGUUGAAUAUUUAGGUUAUGGUGAAAUAUAAAUCUCCUCAAGCAAUAAUGGUUAUUUUCUAGUACCAGCUGCUUUUUUUUUAAUUGCACAUUUAUAUAAGAUAAAUUUAUAUUAUCUUCUCUGGUGUUUGCAUAUGUUUGUUAAAAUUUCACCCAGUGCCUUAUGAGAAUCACAGAUAACUGCAUUUCAUGUUGAUGUGCAGGAUUUUGUCUCAACGUUUGACUUUAUAUGUGUAUUAUAUAAUUAAAUGUAUAUGUACAAA